UGCAAUGCCAUGUAGAUCGCGACUGCAACGAUGCGCGCCAAACUCAAGCUGCAAUGGUUUUUGGUGCCUUUAAUUUUGACACUUUAUCUCAGCGGUUUUUUUCUGUACAAAACCGCGCCGGUGCAAGUGAUCGCGGUGAGGACCACGAGUCAUACCACUCAAGCGUCGAUUUCUUUCGCGCCUUUAAGACAUGUGACCAAAUCGCUGGCCGAACUGGAUAAGAUGGAUGAGAUUUCGAAGAAUUUUUUGUUCUUCAAUCAUGUGCCAAAGUGCGGUUCGGAAGUGCUGAUUUUGCUGCUGCAGAAAAUGCAGGGGUUCAAUAAUUUUAGACACGUGAGAUUGAAAGGUGGCAGUAAGAGGAAGUUAAACAGAUUGCAACAGGAAGAAUUGGUAGAAGAAUUCUACGAUAUUCUACGAAAACAACCUGUUCGUUUGAGUUUCGAUAGACAUACUUAUUUUGUAAAUUUUACAUCUUUUGAUAAACAGUCACCUACCUACAUAAAUUUAAUCAGGGACCCAAUUGAUAAAAUUGUAUCAAGAUCGCCAGGUAAAAAUGGUAAGGGAAGUAAUGAGUAUUAUUAUAAAUGCCUAAUGAAGAAAAAAGGUGAUUGUAACUUUAAAAAUGGACUGUCUUAUGAUUUAAGUAUUCCCUAUUUUUGUGGACAAGAUAGUAGAUGCAUGAUAUUAAACAAUGACUGGGCAUUAAAAACAGCCAAAGAAAACGUACAGAGAUAUUUUGAAGUUGUUGGAGUUUUGGAAGAAUUAAACUCCACUUUGGAAGUUUUGGAGAAUAAACUACCGAAUUUUUUUAAAGGAGUACAAAAGCACUAUCAAACGUAUCUUCUAAGUAAUUUUAAGAAUAAAAAACCCAUUAAAGUUCCUAAUCGAAUAAGAAAAAAGUUAAAGGAUACCUUAAGGACGGAGUAUGAUUUUUAUGACUGGAUUAAGGGAAGAUUGUUUGGUCAACUGCAGAUUUUAUAUGGAGACCAUCAAUCGCAUUAAAAAUCAUUUAGAUCGCUUAAACUAUUCGUAAACGUUACCA